CUUCUUUCUUUUUUUUUUAGGUGCACUUUUGUAAACAACAUGGCGAUUCACGGACAGCUCCGGUUAGCUAACUGACCCAACGACCGUGCUGUCAUACCUUCGGGUUACGGCGAGACACUGCGGUCUGGUUCCGGACCCAACUGUGUGUAAAGCCCGCGGCAGAACGACCGGAACCGCCGGUACCGACGAGCUGUCAGGAGGACAGUCAAACGGCCUUCUCAGUCUAUGGGCUCUCAGUCCAGUUCUGGGAUGUCUUGUGGAAGGGGUUCUUCCAGUGACAACCCAGCAGAUCGGUCUGACGGAUCAGAACCGAACCAGAGCAGCAGCAGCAGUCGAGGCCGCAGGUCGGCAGACAGACAGCAGGGAGACCGACAGUCGGCUUCAGAGGAGGACGUGGACCUAGCUGAAGUUCUGGCUUACCUACUGAGGAGGGGCCAGGUUCGACUGGUCCACGGCAGUGAAACUACCGGGCUGCAGCUGGUCCAGUCCUACUCCGACUCUGAUGAGGACAGCGAUGGAGCCUGGGACGGUCGACUGGGCGACCGCUACAACCCGCCAGUGGACGCUCAGCCCGAUACGAACGAAGUGGACUGCAGCGAGAUCCGAACACAGAUCCUGCUGGCCACCGCCUCGGCUUCCCUGAGAGGCCGCCACAGCUUCACCCACAUGCUCACAGAGAGAGAACAAGGCAGAUGUAGAGGCUCGAGUUUUUCACAUGGAGAGUGCAGCCGUAUCCGCACACAUUUUCUGCCAAAUUACGUGUCCCACAAAGACACAUACCUGCAGAAAGCCUUUUGUGGAGUUUACAGCGAGGACGGCAACAUGUUCCUGUCCGCAUGUCAAGACCAGAACAUCCGGCUGUACGACACCUCCUGGGGCCGCUUUCACCUGCGGCAAACAGUGAAGGCCCGCGACGUGGGCUGGAGCGUGCUGGACGUCUGCUUCACCCCCGACGCUCGCCACGUGCUCUACUCCAGCUGGUCCGACUACAUCCAUUUGUGCAGCAUAGAUGGAGACAGUGAAAACCACAUCGCCCUGGACCUCAAUCCAGACGAGAGGAGGUUUUGUGUGUUUUCGCUGGCUGCAUCAACGGACGGCACCGAGAUUCUGGGCGGAGCGAACGAUGGCUGCCUGUACGUUUUUGAUCUUGGGGAGAAUAAACGAACGCUGAAGAUUGAUGCCCACGAGGACGACGUGAACGCCGUGGCGUUCGCCGACAGCUCGUCUCAGCUGCUGUACUCCGGCAGCGACGACGCCGUGUGCAAGGUGUGGGACAGACGGACGCUGCGGGAGGACAGACCGCGACCUGUCGGACAGCUGGCUGGCCACAGAGACGGCAUCACCUUCAUCCACAGCAAGGGUGACGCUCGUUAUCUAAUUAGCAACUCGAAGGAUCAGUCCAUCAAGCUCUGGGACGUCAGGAAGUUUUCACCCAAAGAGGGUCUGGCUGCCUCCCGGCUGGCCGUCACCCAGCAGAACUGGGAUUACCGCUGGCAGCAGGUUCCCCAGAGAGCCCUGAAGAAGCACAAGCUGACGGGCGACACCUCGGUGAUGACGUACCGCGGUCACGGCGUCCUGCACACGCUCAUCCGCUGCCGCUUCUCUCCGGAGUUCACCACCGGCCAGAGGUUCAUCUAUUCCGGCUGCUCCACCGGCAAAGUCGUCAUUUACGACGUGCUGACCGGCGCCGUGGUAACAAGGCUGUCGGGCCACGACGCGUGUGUGAGGGACGUCAGCUGGCACCCUUAUGAGGACAAGAUCAUCAGCAGCUCUUGGGACGGAGCGGUGCGGAUGUGGGAGCACAGACAGACCCACCCUCUGGAGGAGGAGCGGGAGAGGGACUGACACGAGGAGCAGGCAAAAAGACUUUAGAGGAAGUGACAUCACCAGAGGUGGUGCCCUGAUGAACAAACCUGAGUAUCUUUUAAAUUAAACUCUGAAUCUUAA